AUGUCUCACUCUACCGUCCACGUUUCUGGCAUCCCCUCCACGACCUCCGAGAAGGAGGUUCGCGACUUCUUCAGCUUCUGCGGCAAGAUCGUCUCCCUCUCCAUUACACCUGUCUCCGGUGAGGCGGACGCCAAACAGUCCGCGACCGUGACCUUUGAAAAGGAGGCUGCCGCGAAGACUGCACUUCUCCUCGACCAGACCCAACUGGGCACUUCCGCCGUUCAUGUCGAAGCCGCUUCCAACAUUGACGACCUAGCCGGUCCCUCGGCUACCGAAGUCGAAGAGAAGAGCGAAGAUCACGACAUCGCCCAGGAGGACAAGCCCCGCUCGCGCAUUGUCGCCGAGUACCUUGCCCACGGCUACGUGCUCAGUGACAACGCCAUCACCCGUGCUAUUGACCUGGACCAGAAGCACGGAUUCUCCAAGCGCUUCACCUCCGCGCUCGGCGACUUCGACAAGAAGUUCAACGCCACUGAGCGCGCCAAGGGUCUGGACGCAAACUACCAGAUUUCCGAGAAGGCCGCUACAGGCUGGCGCGGACUGGGCCACUACUUCGAGAAGGCCAUCAACCACCCUUCUGGCCAGAAGCUCCGUGGAUUCUACACUCAGACCGAUAAGCAGAUUCGCGAUAUCCACAACGAGGCUCGUCGCCUUGCGGACUUGAAGCAGGGCAAGACUGACAGCUCUGCUACCGAGCCUGUGGCUGUUCCUUCCCAGGCUGAGGCUGCUGCUGCUCCCGUUGAGCCCAAGGCUUAA